AUGGGUCGUGAGCUUUUUCGGUGCCACACAUUUCCAACAAUAAAGACUGAGGCUAGUAUUUCUGCAGUGUCUGUUUGCAGCAGUGAGUUCAGUGGUUUGUCAGAACCAGGGACAGACAAGUGGCCAUGGAUGACGUAUAUAAAGCAGCGGUUGAAAACUUGACAGAGGAACAGAAAAAUGAGUUCAAGGCUGCAUUUGACAUCUUUAUCCAGGAUGCGGAAGAUGGCUGCAUCAGCACCAAAGAGUUGGGGAAGGUAAUGAGGAUGCUGGGACAGAAUCCCACACCUGAAGAGCUAACGGAGAUGAUUGAUGAAGUGGAUGAGGAUGGUAUUGGUACAGUCGAUUUUGAUGAAUUCUUAGUUAUGAUGGUCCGCUGCAUGAAGGAGGAGAGCAAAGGAAAACCCGAGGAAGAAUUGGCUGAACUGUUCCGCAUGUUUGACAAGAAUGGAGAUGGCUACAUAGACUUAGAAGAGCUGAAGACCAUGUUGGAGUCCACUGGAGAGUCCAUCACAGAAGACGACAUUGAGGAGCUGAUGAAAGAUGGGGAUAAAAACAAUGAUGGAAAAAUUGACUAUGAUGAGUUCCUUGAAUUCAUGAAAGGUGUCGAAUAAAGAAUUCAGAUGGAGGCCUCACUGCAGCAGCAUCUAGGGCGCUUCAUGAAGAUAUGCCUCCACCUUUAAACUAUUCAUUUAAAAAUACAAACAACACACCUGUCGUGUGCAGCUCCCUUUUCUGUCCUGUUUAUUAUUCAAGUGAUGAUUAAUUAAAAUGUUAUGUAUA